UUAUUUUGCUUGUCAUCCGUUCUUUGCGUUGACUGUAUAGGUGUUUUUUUAACAAUAUCAAUACAAUACUGUUUGUCAUCUUAGUUCGUGUUAGUAACUACAUUUCUGUUUAACUUUUAUUUUAUUUGGAUUUAAUAAUCAUAAAAUAAUGAAGAAGGCCGAGAAGAAGACCGAGGAGAUGUCCGAGGAGGACAAGAAACUAGAAGAAGAACUGCAUAUGUUGGUGGAAAGAAUAUUAGAUAAAAAUGUUUCUCUUUAUGGUCCUGCAUUAGAAACUUUACGUAAAUUAAUUCGCACAUCAACAACAUCUAUGACUAGUGUACCAUUACCAUUAAAGUUUUUACGCACCUAUUAUUCAAGUUUAAAAGAAAGAUGUGAUACCAUUGAAACUGAUGAAAAAACAAAAGCCUUACUUUGUUCAGUUGUAUCUAUAUUAGCCAUGGGGCAAGAUAGGAAAUUAAGAGAUACACUACGUUUUUGCUUAAGAGCUGGAGAAGUAGAUGUUGGAGACUGGGGACAUGAAUAUGUUAGACAAUUAGAAGCUGAGAUAGCUGAAGAAUGGACUAAUGAUCAAGGCAACAAAUUACUUUCAUUGAUUAAAAGUAUAGUAGCUUUUGAUAUGAAGCACAAUGCUGAAAUACAAGCUUGUGAUUUAUUGAUGGAGAUUAAUAGACUGGAUCUUUUGCAAGUAGAUAAAUCUAACUAUCUAAAAGUGUGUCUUUAUUUAAUAAAUUGUUCCAUUUAUGCUGUUGAACCAGAGAGAACUAAUAUCUAUAAUGAAGUAAUGAAACAUUAUAUGAAUUUUGAAGAAUACCCAAGAGCAUUGUGUUUGGCUAUGUCUGUUAAUGAUACUGAUAUAAUGUCAAAAAUAUUUGUUGCCUGUCAAGAUCCAGUUGUCAGAAAACAAUUGGCAUAUAUGUUAGGACGCCAAUAUGUUGGUUUGGAAUUAAAUGAUGAACCAAAAGAUAAAGCAGAUCUUACAAAUAUUAUGUCCAAUUCUCAUAUUAAUGAACAUUUUAAUAGCCUGGCAAGAGAAUUGGAUAUAUUGGAACCCAAAACACCAGAUGAUGUUUAUAAAACUUGGUUGGAAGGUCUAGUAUUACGUCCAUCAUACAAUUUAGAUGUACCUGUAGAUUCAGCUCGUCACAAUCUUGCAUCAACUUUUGUUAACGCUUUUGUCAAUGCCGGAUUUUCACGAGACAAAUUGGUGUCUGUUGAAGAAGGAAAUAAAUGGAUGUACAAAAAUAAACAGCAUGGCAUGUUAAGUGCUGCCGCAUCUCUUGGGCUUAUUCAUUUGUGGGAUGUCCAUGGAGGAUUGACUCCAAUUGACAAGUAUCUGUAUACAUCUGAAGAAUAUAUUAAAGCUGGUGCUCUUCUUGCUUUGGGAAUAGUAAAUGUUGGAGUCCGUAAUGAAUGUGAUCCAGCUUAUUCACUUUUAUCAGAUUAUGUUUUACAUGAAAGUGUUUUACUUCGAAUUGGAGCUGUUCUAGGUUUGGGACUUGCCUAUGCUGGUACUAGACGACAAGAUGUUAUUACACUACUGUUGCCAGUUAUGUCUAAUAUUAAAUCUACAUCUGAAGUUGUUGCUUUGGCUGCUCUUUCUUGUGGAAUGAUUAGUGUAGGAGCUGCAAAUCAAGAAGUUAUAUCUACGAUUCUUCAAACUUUGAUAGAUUUACCAAUCUCAGAACUACAAGAUGGUCAUUAUUCAAGAUUUUUACCUCUUGCUUUAGGAUUAUGUUAUCUAGGUCUUAAGGACAAAGCAGAUGCACUUGAUGCUGACUUAAAUGUUUUGGGUGAUCCUUUUAAAUCCAUGGCAAAAAUGACUGUCAAAAUGUGUGCUUGCGCUGGAUCUGGUGAUGUAAUGACUAUUCAAAAGUUAUUACAUAUUUGCAGUGAACAUUAUACUCCAGCCCCUAAAGAAGAAACUUCUAAGAAACAAAGUGACAAAAAAGAUAAAGAUGGUGAAAAGAAAGAAACGACUAAUUCAGCUGAAAAAGAAAAAGAAAAGGAAAAAAAUAAAGAAACAGCCACUAAAGAUCUUUCAUCAAUGCAAGCUGUUGCAGCUUUAGCUGUAGCAGUUGUAGCUAUGGGGGAAGAUACUGGUUCUGAAAUGUGUACUCGUAUUUUUGGACAAUUAGGAAGGUACGGUGAACCACCUGUCAGGAGAGCAGUUCCAUUAGCUAUAGCAUUGUUAUCUAUAUCAAACCCUCAAAUGAAUAUUAUUGAUGUUCUAAAUAAGUAUUCUCAUGAUUUAGAUGAAGAAGUAGCACAUAAUGCUAUAUUUUCAUUAGGUUUAGUUGGAGCUGGAACUAAUAAUGCAAGGUUAGCUACCAUGUUACGUCAAUUAGCUCAAUAUCAUGCUAAAAACACUGGUCAUUUGUUUAUGGUACGCAUUGCACAAGGUUUGACACACAUGGGUAAAGGCACUUUGUCUCUGUCACCUUUCCAUACUGAUCGACAGGUUAUGAAUCCUGUGGCUGUAUCUGGUCUUCUUAUCACUCUAUUCAGUUUCUUAGAUACUCGUAACAUUAUCCUGGGAAAGUCUCAUUAUUUACUCUAUACAUUGGUGGUUGCCAUGUACCCUAGAUGGCUGGUGACUUUGGAUGAAGACCUUGAGCCUCUCCCUGUGUCAGUUCGAGUUGGACAAGCUGUUGAUGUCAUUGGAAAAGCUGGUACACCAAAAACUAUAGCUGGAGUACACACACACACGACUCCUGUUCUCUUAGCAGUAGGUGAAAGAGCAGAACUCGCUACGGAUGAAUACAAAUGUCUUACACCAGUUAUGGAAGGAUUUGUUAUAUUGCGUAAAAAGCAAGAAAAUGAAUAAUUUUUUUUUACAUUAUUUAUAUGUAUUUCUUUCUUUUUUUACAAAAAUUUAGUAUAUGUGUG